CUGUUCAAACAGGAGACAUGGGGCUGUGGAGUCACCGAGGGGGGGAACCACAACACCUCAAACCCAGGGAAGGAGGCCGUUUCUAGCUGGAGAUGUUGACCUGCUUUUUCUCCUGUAUUUGUCAUUUCUCCCCCGAAAAGGAACGGAAGAGAAACAAGUUAAAUGACAACUGAAGUUGUCCGUUCUUCUCUGAUACCUAGGGCAAAGCGCCACACCUUCGCUUAGCGCAACAGCUCCGCAACACAGCUGGCCAAAUGGGGUGUCAAUGCUGCAGGAUGGUAAAAAGCUACCUUUAUGACCCCUCUGUGGCAGUGAAUGGGAGGAAAACUGAUUCUAGCUCCCUCUACCAGCCCCGUCAUCACUCAGGCGGGGCCCCCAGCAGCAGCGCACUCAGCGACCACAACAAGCAGAAGCAGGGCUUCCACAAUAUGGGCUACAGCAAGUCCAAUGACAGCACACUGAGACUAGAGUUGGACAACAACCAGGUCAACUACAGGCUGCAUGCACCUGCGAAGGAGCUGUACCAGCAGAGCAGCACUCCACCUGCAGAGGGGGGUCUGUACAUCAUCCAGCCAGAGGGUCUGGGACCAAGAUGGCUGAUUCAGGAGAAAACCCCGAGCCAGGUCCCGGUUUACCCAGACAUACAGGAGUAUGAAAACCAGAUGAGCUACCACGAGCAGGGACACCAUGUGACAGGAGACAGGUGGGACAGCGCCAUCACUAGGAGUGAAAGCCUAUCAGCAGACGAGAUAGAUGAGGGCGUGGGAGGGACGCCUGAGUACCCCUGUGACACGGGGGAUGAGGGGAGUGUCCUCUCAGUGGACAUCCACACCAGCACCACCAGCCUAUCCUCAGCAGACACCAGGGAUGAGCGUAGGCUCCCAAGGAAUCUGGAAGUUUCCACUGCUGAGAGCGGGAUCUCAGUGACCAAGAGUGAGGACGAGGAUGUGGAGGUGGACAGCAUCACAGACUCAAUGGUAGCGGAGGCUCUUGCUGCUCUGGAGGCCGCCACUGCAGGGGAGGACUGCGAGUGACAGAUGCCUGUGCUGUCUCUCACUCAUCAGUGGAGUGUUCACAACCACCAGGAACCUCAGUUUCCUGGUGGUUCUCAGUUAACACCUCAUGUUUUACACAGUGAAUGAAGGAAAACAGUUUACAAAAACACCCAGAUUCACUUUGGAACUCAAAGCCUUUUCCAGUGCUGCGAGGUUUGCGUCAAGCAACAAAUGAAGAGACAUCAGUGUGUAGACUGAAUAUUGCCUGCAGCCAUAUCAGUAGCCCUUUUGAAUGUACUACAGUGUAUUUAACACUCUACAGUCCUAAUAAGCCCCUUUGUGCUCAUCCACUGCUUUGCCAUGUCUGCACUCCCCCUGUACAGGUAUUUGUAAGACACUACACUGCUUUUAUCACAGUAUGGAGCGUAGCCAUAUCUCAUAGUCUGCUCAGGAACCUCGCCCUCAUUUAAGAGCAGGCGAAAGACAAAAGGUCAGUGCACACUUUUUAUACGCUACACAUGUUUUGUUCCCAUUUUCUCUUAUUUAUAACUUCACUCAUCAUUUUUGAUUUCUUGUAAGAAGAAACUGGAUGUUGCUAAAGACUGGAGCAGAAGAAUGUGACGGAAGAUGAGGACGCAGUCCUUAUUUAUAGCUUAUCCACUUGUGUGUCAGCAUUGAUUACAUCGCAUUCAAAUACUUUAUACAGAUUCUUGGAAAUUUUGAACUGAGCUUGCACAUUGUUCUUAUGUUAUCAGAUGCACCCACUCACAAUUCUCAGAUCUUUGGUCAGUUAAUGACAUUUUAAUGCAUAUUAAUGUGAGACCAUGCCAUGUGGUGGAAUAUCAGAAGAUCUAUGUAAGUUUGAAAUCCAAAGCAGGACACCAAAGAUUAAAUAUAAACUAGCCACAUGUACAUUUCACUUUAAUCAUCUUAGUUUCUGUAGUUUUUCAACUUUAGCUCAACAAAACCAGCAAAUGUCAAAUUACUGUUGAAUAAACCACAGACAGGCCAUCAGUUCAACCUGCUCACUCUUUUUUCCCCCCAGUUUUUUUUUUUUUUUUUUGCCCGGGUCUGGCCUGUGACAUUGGUUGAACUCAAAGCUUGCAUGUGCCUAAUAAUAAACCAAUUGAGGCUAGAUGGUGCAGAAGAAAUUUCAGAUAUGGCUUCUCUGAAAAGUGUGUUAAUGGAAGAGUUGCUAAAUAAGCUUCUUGCUCAAUGAAGUUAUGAUUUGUUUCAUCAUUGUUUGCCUGCCAAAUCAUUUCUACUUAUUUAUAAUAUAAAAUAAAGAA